AUGCCAUUUGGGCUGGUCAAUGCUCCCGCCUCGUUCCAGCAAUAUAUCAACGAUGCACUAGAAGGCCUGGUUGACAUCAUCUGUGUUGUCUAUCUGGACGACAUCCUUAUCUUCAGUGAAGACCCGGAACAGCAUGAAGGCCAUGUCAAGGACGUCCUGCAAAGGUUACGAAAAGCCGGACUUUACGCCAAUCUGAGCAAAUGCGAAUUCUCGGUGAAGAAAGUCUCCUUCCUGGGGUUCGUGGUCGAUGAGGAAGGAAUCCACAUGGAAGAGGAACGGAACUACAGCAAGAUCGUGUCUCCGCUCACGGAUCGUCUCCGCAAGGGGGCAUCGAAGCCUUUCAAGCUGGAUCCAAAAGCAAUGAGGGCUUUUGAGGAUCUCAAGACGGCCUUCACAUGUGGGCCUGUUCUCAGACACUUCGAUCCUUCCAAGACAAUACGAAUCGAAACAGAUGCGUCCCAGUUCGCUAUCGGAGCAAUAAUCUCUCAACUGCACGCCGAUCGAUGGCACCCGUAG